AUGAUUGGAAAAGUUGCUGUUUCCGCGAUUUCCUUGAUUCUUGUAGUCGGUGUCAUCAUCGGAGUUGUGGCUUCUGUCCACCGGAAUUCACAAAAAACUGUCAACACACCACAGAUGAAAGCUGCUACCCAAAUAUGCCAACCUACUAAUUACAAGGAUACAUGCACCAAGGUUCUUGGUUCUGCCAAUACCACUGAUCCUAAAGAGCUAAUCAAGGCAGGCAUUUUAGCCAUCUCAGAUUCCUUGAGCAGAUCCAUGAAUUUGAGCGAGGGUCUUGUCAGAGAAGCUACACAUUCGCCCCGGACGAAACUUGCCCUGCACGAUUGCAAGACAUUGCUGAAAAAUGCCUCUGAUGGGCUUGACGACAUUCUUGUAAAGAUGGCUGACAGCGACUUGAGAAACAUAGCUGAACAUUCUGAUGAUUUUCGGAUAUGGUUGAGUUCUAUGAUCUCCUAUCAGGAGUUAUGCAUUGAUGGAUUUCAGCAGCACGGCGACGUUAAAUCUAAAGUGCAAGACAGUACGAAUUAUGGCAGUGAAUUAAUAGAUAAUGUCUUGACAAUUCUUGGUGCGAUUUCAAACAUCUUGCAAGACUUCGGUCUCCAGUUUAACAUUCCCCAUGCUCGUCGUCUCCUUGGAGCUGAUGGGUACCCAACCUGGCUAUCAGCUGCUGAUCGGAAACUUAUGGCUGCUGCUGGUCCUACACCAAAUGCAGUGGUGGCUCAAGAUGGCAGUGGACAAUUCAAGUCCAUUACUGAUGCUAUAAACUCAUAUCCUGCCGGCAGCACUACCAGAUUUGUUAUUUAUGUAAAGGCCGGAGUCUAUACCGAGCAAGUACUGGUGCCAAAGACUCAUGCUAACAUUCUCAUGUAUGGUGAUGGACAAGAUAAGACCGUUGUCACCGGAAAAAAGAGCUUCGCCGGCGGUGUAAACACCUUUAACACUGCUCCCUUUGUGGUUGAAGGACCAGGGUUCAUCUGCAAGGACAUGGGAUUCGCGAACACCGCAGGUCCUAGUGGUCACCAAGCUUGUGCCAUUCGAGUUAACUCAGAUAUGUCAGUGUUCCACAACUGCAGGUUUGAUGGGUAUCAGGACACAUUGUUGUACCAAGCCGGACGACAAUACUACGGCAACUGUGUCAUCACCGGCACCGUUGAUUUCCUUUUUGGUUACGGUGCAGCUGUGAUCCAGAACUCCGAGAUCAUUGUUAGAAAGCCUGGUGAGGGCCAGAAGAACAUAGUGAGUGCAGAUGGCAGGAAAGAAAAGGGACAAAACACUGGUCUUGUUAUCCAUAAUUGCAAGAUUAUCCCUGAGGAAGCACUCAUCCCUGAGAAGCUCACUGUGAAAACAUACUUGGGCAGGCCUUGGAAACAAUUCUCAACCACUGUAAUAAUGGGGACAGACAUAGGAGAUUUGAUUCAGCCUGAGGGAUGGAUGCCAUGGGAUGGAACCCUAUUCCUUGACACCCUUUACUAUGCUGAGUAUGCCAAUACUGGAGCUGGUGCCAAUACUGCUAAUAGGGUUAAGUGGAAGACACUUCAUUUCCUUACCCCUGAAGAAGCUCAACAAUUUACCGUCGGAACAUUCCUUCCCGGUUCCGGUGAUUGGAUCAAAACCGCUGGAGUUCCUUUCUUGCCAGGAUUGAAAUGA